CUUCCGCAUUGUGUGCUCGGCCUUUCUUCUUCCCGCCAUCUACUUCAGAUUUAAUUAGUCGAUCAAAUCCUGCCAACACCAUGCAGCUCUUGACUGCAACCGGCCCCUCUCUGGAUUCAAGGGAAAUACUGAACAAAUUUCGAAAAGACAACCCUGCGACCAAAUUCCUCCGCUUUCAAUGGCAGGAUUAUUCGGGUGUCCUCCGCGGACGAGUUGUCCCCAUGGAUACAGUUUUGGCCCAGAUCUCCAAAGGAGGCCCUCUUAAGGCUACUGGGCUUGCGCUAUGCGUGUCUCUGACUAAUAAUCUGAUCCCCUCGACACCUCUCGACGGUCAAUUCUGGAUGCUCCCAGACUGGUCAACUCUUCAUCCGACAGCCACUCCUGGGAGUGCACAGGUGAUGUGCGCCCUGGACUUCACGGUACCGGCAACCGGUCCAGUCAGCCGAGAAGUCUGCCCACGACAUGUUUUGAAUAAAGUCCUGCAACAGGCACAUGAAGACUGGGGCCUCAAAUUUUUAGUUGGUUUUGAGGUGGAGUUUGUGGUCAUGAAAGCCAACCCGAGCACGGGGAAGACGGAACGAUGCAGUCAGGGCUGGGGACUGUUCUCCAUCGCCGGCUUACGGGACCCUUGCUACCAAUAUGUGGAGCAAUGUGUCAGUCAGCUUGAGGCUCUGGGCGUGGACAUCCAGGCCAUACACACUGAGGGUCAACGAGGACAAUAUGAGUUAGCCUUGGGACCGCGCCCACCCCUCGAAGCGGUUGACCAAUUGGUGCUGGUACACAGCUAUCUGAAAGAUACUUUUGCUCGUCACGGCUAUGUGGUCACUAUGGUUCCGAAGCCUGUGGCGUCAGAAUCUCUAGCGAACGGCCAACACACACAUCUUUCAUUACAGCCUACCAGGCCUGAUCUCGAAGAAUCUUUCCUUGCCGGCAUUCUCAAGCGCUUGCCAAGUCUCUGCAGUCUCUGUCUACCACAAGACGUAUCUUAUGAGCGACUCUUGCCAUUCGUGGCUGGCGGUAAUACUGCUUGUUGGGGCACCGAAACGCGUUUCGCGCCAAUCCGGAAGAUCGAAUCCUGCCGUUGGGAAAUACGAAACAUUGAUGCGAUGGCCAACAUGUAUUCCACCCUGGCGGCAAUCAUUGGGGCUGGUCUAUGUGGUCUAGCUGGUCGCGAACCGCUUCUGUGGCCUGAUUUGGGCGACCCGGCAAAUAAAGAUGCCCCCCGAGGGGAACCGCUGCCCAAGAAUCUGGAGGAGGCGAUUGCCUUGCUGGAUGGAGAUGCUUUUGGUCUCGCUGUUGUACUAGGCCGUCCCAUCAUAGAUCGUUACGUCGAAAUGAAGCGCUUUGAGCUGUCUAAGCUCGAAGUGAUGGAUCCGGAGUCGGCGAGGGAGUUGUUCAUUGAGCUAUUUUGAGGCUAUCCCUGCGGGUCGCUGAUAUUUUCAUUUUGUAACUUAACAGACACAGAGGAACAGUGCUCAUUACGGAGAACAUUUCUUCAAGUUAAAAAGAUUAGUUUCCUCACCACCUCGGG